GAUCAUUUAGGAUGCCACAUGGAAGGUUUUAAACUUUCCUUUAUAUUGAUAUAUUGAUAUUUUUUCUUUUUUUGCUGGAGAACCAAUCUCUAUUGCAGAAAACCAGAGGCAAAACAAAGUUCACAAACAGAAAAACCAGAAAAAAGAAGAAAAAAAACCAGAAAAAAGAAAAAAACAGCAAAUGUUCACACGGCCACAAGAGGGACCAAGUCCUCUGCAGAAAAUAAACCAGAAACCGAAUGUAAAAUCGCCCACUUUGCAAGCUUGUGAGCAGCUAGAACACCAGCACGGGGUGUCCAUUCAAUCUUCACGUCAGGGAGAGCAUCAAGCAUCUCCACCAGCUGCCAGAAAACACCAGCCAGCCGCCAAUCCGGAGCCCUCCGAGCAUGUAAACCAAGCACCAGCAGUUGACAAUCUGAGGCAAUAACCAUCCGGUUCCAGCCCCUCAUAGUACACCACUUCACCGCAUGAACUAACGCCACCAAUUCAGCCUCCAGUGGCUGAGUUGCCUCAUAACACACAGCCAUAGCCUCCGACAAAUUGACCUCCGAGGUAGCCACCACUAUCCCAGCUGCAGCACGAAGAUCCUUGAACGCUGCAUCCACUAGUAACACCGGAUUACCUGUGUAUAAUGCAGCAGGGCUGUGCUGCAGACCACCAGCAGUUGUAGGAGACUCCCAAGCCGAAAGGAGAUAGGCAACAGCACUAGUCACCUUGGCAAGAACACCUCUCCAAGUAGGACUGAUCUGAUCGUGAAAGGCUCUAUUGUGGGCAAUCCACAAAGCAUCAAACAAGCAAACCCCAAAUCUCAGAAAUUCACCCAAGACUUCCGCAUCAGCACCUUUCAAGAACUCCGGAGAUAAGAGCCACACCACCAUGUCUCUAGGAGCACCAAAGUUAAGUGUAUCACUUCUAAUAGCCCAACGACUUGCAAACCACACGGCCUUAGCAAGCGGACACUUGAAGAAUAGAUCAGUUUUGGAAGAGGACGAUGAGCGUGGAGUUGCGCACAUAGUUGAGCACCUUGCUUUUAGCGCCACUGAGAAAUACACAAAUCAUGAUAUUGUGAAGUUUCUUGAAAGUAUUGGUGCAGAAUUUGGUGCCUGCCAGAAUGCAGUAACAUCUGCUGAUGACACUGUUUAUGAGCUGUUUGUUCCUGUUGACAAGCCUGAACUAUUAUCACAGGCCAUUUCAAUUUUGGCAGAAUUCAGCACAGAGGUUCGUGUCUCAAAAGAUGAUUUGCAAAAAGAAAGGGGUGCUGUAAUGGAAGAAUACAGAGGGAGCAGAAAUGCCACUGGAAGGAUGCAGGAUGCAAAUUGGAUUUUGAUGAUGGAAGGUUCAAAGUACGCCGAACGGUUACCAAUUGGAUUAGAGAAGGUGAUUCGGAAUGUGUCAGCUGAGACUGUGAAACAGUUUUAUAAGAAGUGGUACCAUUUGAGCAAUAUGGCAGUGAUAGCAGUUGGAGAUUUUUCUGAUACAGAGAGUGUAGUUGAGCUGAUAAAGACUCAUUUUGGACAUAAAGUUUCAGCACCUGAACCUCCAGUAAUACCUACAUUUUCUGUUCCAUCUCAUAACGAACCGCGCUUUUCAUGCUUUGUUGAAUCUGAAGCUGCUGGGUCUGCAGUAAUGAUUAGCUAUAAGUUGCAAGUGGGUGAACUGAAGACAGUGAGGGACUAUAAAGAUUUACUUGCAGAAUCCAUGUUUCUCCAUGCUCUGAACCAGAGAUUUUUUAAAAUCUCUCGAAGAAAGGAUCCACCUCAUUUCUCAUGCUCAGCUGCUGCAGAAAUUCUGGUUGAUCCAUUAAAGGCUUAUAUAAUGACAUCAUCUUGCAAAAAAGGAGGGACCAUUGAAGCCCUGAAAUCAAUGCUGAUUGAGGUCGCCAGGGUACGGAUACACGGAUUUUCAGAACGAGAAGUGUCUAUAGUUCGAUCUCAGCUUAUGUCAGAGAUUGAAUCUGCGUAUUUGGAACGUGAUCAAAUGCAAUCAUCAAGCUUGCGGGAUGAAUAUUUACAGCAUUUUCUCCGAAAUGAACCUGUAAUCGGGAUUGAGUAUGAAGCUCAACUUCAGAAGACUAUUUUGCCACAUAUUUUGGCAUCAGAUCUAUCCAAGUACGCAGAGAAGCUUCAAACAUCAUGUAGCUGUGUAAUUAAGACAAUUGAGCCACGAGCUUCUGCAGUAGUAGAUGAUCUUAAAGAUGUUGUAUCGAAGAUUAAUGCUGCGGAAAAAGAAGGAAAAAUUGCACCAUGGGAUGAAGAAAAAAUUCCUGAAGAAAUUGUUUGUACAAAACCAAAUCCAGGGUAAACUCACUUGUUAUUUUUAUAUUCUCUUUAUUUUUUUUUUCAAUUUUUACUAUUGGCUGCAUUUUCUGUGUUCUCCUCACUCGAGUGAGCCACCUCUAUUCUUUUUUUACAAGAUUAGAUGUUUGCUUCUGCAAUGUGACUACUAGGAUUUGAUUUUGAAUAUUUUUAUAUUUAGUUACAAAGUUCUAAUACU